AUGGCGGAAUUUUCUUUGGACGAUUUCGUUGAUUCUCCCAGUGUUGAGAAGUUGCUGGUUCUGAAGAAGGUUCAUCUCUUGGAGAUUGCUCAUCAUUACCAGGUUGCUGAGGUAAGGACUACUUGGCGUAAAUUAGAAAUUCUGAAAGCUGUAAUUCAGUGGUUAGUGGAAGAGGAAGAUGUUCUGCCACUUGAGGCUUUAUCUAAGGUUCCGAUUGAGUCUGUGAAUGUGGACUUGACAGAACAAUUACGUUUAAAAGAGUUGGAAUUAGAGAUAGCGAAAGUUGAACUUGAACGAGAACAAGUAGUUUUGAGAAGGGAGCAUGAGAAUGCUAGAGAAAGAGAAGAAAUUAGGCAAGUAAAGUCUGAUUUUGAUGUUGCGAAACAUGUUCGAAUGGUUCCCGUUUUUCAGGAGGGGGAGGAGAUAGAGAAAUAUUUCCUUCACUUUGAAAAGGUAGCUGUUAGUUUGAGUUGGCCGCAAGAAAAAUGGUCACACUUGUUACAAUCUCAGUUGAAGGGUAAAGCUCGAGAUGCUUAUUCAGCUUUGUCAGUUGAUGAUGCGGGUCGUUAUGACGUUGUAAAAGCAGCAGUGUUGCGUGCUUAUGAGCUUGUACCGGAGGCGUACGUCAACAAUUUCGGAAAACGCGCAAAGAUGAGACCGAAACUCAUCUUGAGAUAUGUUUCCCUAGCUGGUAGUGUCGAAGCAAGAAAAGUGAAAGUGUUGCGUGAUACUGGUUCUUCUCAGUCUUUGAUUUUGGAGAGUGUGUUGCCUUUUGGUGAGAAAUCUUGUGUUGGAACUAGUGUUUUGCUCCAAGGAAUAGGAGAUGGCUUUGUAAAAGCACCCCUUCAUGUGGUAAACUUGAAAUCAGACCUUGUUUCUGGUAGUGUGAAAAUGGCUGUGAGACCAUCACUUCCGGUGGCAGAUGUUUCCAUCAUUUUAGGGAAUGAUCUUGCUGGUGAUAAAGUUGUGCCAUGUCCAGUUGUGAGUGCUAUUCCGUGUGAGAGUAGUAAAACAGAGCAGUUGGUUGCAGAAUUUCCUACUGUGUUUCCGUCUUGUGCUGUAACUCGUUCGAUGGCAAAGAAAGUAGAGUCUGAAUCGAAGUCUAGUGAGCUAGAUGAAGUUAACUUGGGAGAUUCUUUCUUUUGUCGUUUGGUUGAUGAUGAAUGUGAAUCAAAUGUGAAUGAGGGUGCAGGAGAAACUCAAAGUACAGAAGAGAAAAAUAAAUGUGAACCAAUGCCGAUAAGUAAGAGUAAGUUGUUGGAGGAACAACAAAAAGAUCCUCAGUUAGUAUCCAUGUUUGAGAGAGCGAUCUCAGAAGAGGAGGCAUUGACCGUGCCUGUUUGUUAUUAUACGAAGUCAGGUGUUUUGAUGAGAAAGUGGAGGCCGAUAGAUGUUCCUGCUGAUGAAGUUUGGAAAGAGGUCCACCAGAUUGUAGUUCCUUCUACUUAUAGGCCGGAAAUACUUAGUCUUGCUCAUGAAGCACCACUUGCAGGUCACUUGGGAGUCUAUAAGACUCGGGAGAAAAUCCUUUCUCAUUUCUUUUGGCCGGGUUUACAAAAGGAUGUUGCAAACUAUUGCAGAAAUUGUCAUGUAUGUCAGGUAGUAGGUAAACCGAAUCAGAAAAUACCAGUCGCGCCAUUAAAACCAGUGCCAGCGUUCGAUGAACCGUUUGCAAGAAUUAUCAUAGAUUGCGUAGGUCCGCUUCCGAGGACAAAAGCGGGUAAUGAAUUCCUGUUUACCAUUAUGUGCGCAAGUACCAGGUAUGUCGAAGCGAUUCCACUUAGACGUAUCACCGCAAACAAUGUGAGCAAGGCGCUGAUCAAGUUUUUCACGACUGUAGGAUUACCGCGUACCGUUCAGUCUGAUCAAGGAUCAAACUUUAUGUCGAAAGUCUUUAAGCAAGUGCUAGGGCAGUUAGGGAUUGAACAUGUAGUUUCUAGUGCAUACCAUCCUGAAUCGCAAGGAGCACUUGAGAGAUGUCAUCAGACACUCAAGAACAUGCUCAAAACAUAUUGUUUGGAGACAGAGAAACAAUGGGAUGAGGGAAUUCCAUUGUUGCUAUUUGCUUUGAGAGAAUCUGUUCAAGAAUCUCUUGGUUUCAGCCCAUUUCAGCUCGUGUAUGGACAUGAAGUCCGUGGACCCCUCAGGUUGUUGAGUGAAAGGUUGUUGUCAGAUGAGGAAGAUGUGAAUAUGUUAGACUACGUAUCGUCUUUCCGUGAGAGAUUGCAUCGUGCUUGUGAAGUUGCUAGGAAGAAUUUGUCUGAUUCUCAGGAGAAAAUGAAGUCUUGGUAUGACAAGAAGUCCAUGGAAAGGAAUUUCAAGGCAGGUGAUGAAGUUUUGGUUUUGUUACCAGUAGUUGGUAAUGCUUUGCAGGCUAGAUUUUCUGGACCGUAUACCAUUAUGAAGAAAGUUGGUGAUGUUGACUAUGUCGUCAAAACUCCAGAUAGAAGAAAAACAAAGCGUGUAUGUCAUGUGAAUAUGAUAAAAGCCUAUGUUCGAAGAGAUGAUGAAAAGAGAGCACAACCAGUGUUGAGUGCUGUAGAAUCUGAGCUAAAUGAUGAAAGUGAAGAGAUGUGUAAAAUUGAGAGAGAUGAACCAUGUGUGAAGUUGAAAAAUUCAGAAGUUCUAACACACAUCAAUGACAAACUAACCCACUUGUCUGAGAAGGAGAGGAGGGAUGUGAAAGAGCUGUUGAAUGAGUAUCCGCAGUUAUUUGCAGAUAUCCCAUCUCGUACUGAUGUUGUUGAACAUGAUGUUGAUGUGGGAGAUACCGCCCCAAUCAAGCAGGCACCUUAUCGUGCUAACCCAGUAAAGAUGAAGAAUCUUGAAAAAGAAAUAGAGUACAUGCUGCAGAAUGGCAUCAUCGAGCCAAGUAGCAGCGCAUGGUCGUCGCCAUGCAUCUUAGUUCCGAAACCGGAUAAGUCGUAUCGUUUCUGUACCGACUACAGAAAAGUCAAUUCGAGUACAAAGACCGAUUCUUUCCCGAUACCGCGCGUAGAUGAUUGUAUUGACCGUAUAGGCAAGGCGAAGUAUGUGAGCAAAUUCGAUCUGCUUAAAGGCUAUUGGCAGAUUCCGUUGACUAAGAGAGCGCAAGAAAUCUCUGCAUUUGCUACACCUCAAGGCCUAUUCCAUUACACUGUGAUGCCAUUCGGUAUGAAAAAUGCGCCGGCUACAUUCCAAAGACUUGUGAAUAGUCUUGUCUCUGGUCUUGAAGGCUGUGAAGCUUACAUAGAUGACUUGAUUGUGUAUAGUGAAGAUUGGGAAGUCCAUGUACAAAGAAUCAGAGAUUUGUUCAGGAGAUUGUCUGAUGCCAAAUUGACAGUCAACUUGGCAAAGAGUGAGUUUGGAGGUGCUACUGUUAGUUUCUUGGGUCACGUUGUUGGUUCAGGUCAUGUUCGACCACUCUCAGCGAAGGUAGAAGCUAUUCUGGCGUUCCCGACUCCAACCAACCGGAAGGAACUGAUGAGGUUUCUUGGCAUGGCAGGCUACUACAGACGAUUCUGCCAUAACUUCUCUGAUGUCGUCGCCCCGCUGACCAAUCUACUACGCAAGGAGGUGAAGUUCAUCUGGUCCAGUGACUGUCAGAGUGCUUUUGACAAAGUGAAAGCACUCCUAUCUACCAAUCCUGUACUGGUGGCUCCAGAUUUUAGUCAGCCAUUCUCUCUGAUGGUUGACGCUAGUGAUGUGGGUGCCGGAGCUGUUCUUACGCAGAAAGAUGAACAGGGAACAGACAGGCCCAUAUCGUUCUUCUCGAGGAAGUUUUCGAGCAGUCAGAGAAAUUAUUCCACUGUGGAGAAGGAAACUUUGGCGUUAAUCUUUGCACUGCAACACUUCGAAGUGUAUGUGAGUGGAUCUCAACAUGCAUUGGACAUAUGGACAGAUCAUAAUCCUUUGACGUUUCUAAGUAAGAUGAAAAACAAAAAUCAAAGACUUACAAGGUGGAGUCUACUGCUCCAAGAGUACAACUUGAACAUUAGACAUCUACCGGGAAAAGACAACAUUAUUGCAGACACAUUGUCGCGAGUGUAA